AUGUCGACUCCUUCCACGAUAGCUACCACAAUCGUCCCUGCUCACUAUGGUUAUUCUCAUCAGAAUCCCUAUUCUCCCUCGGCGCUCCCAUACCCCGCAACGAAUACGCUGCCUGCACCUCAGCGGCUGACGACUUCCUAUCAUUCCUACCCGACAACUGGACCAUAUCCACGACCCCAACCAUCUCCUGCCUCGUACAGGCCACCUUCGAACGUUUCGUCCAUGGCACCGUCCCAGACGGCCUCUACCUUGCCAGAAAAUCAGCGCCGAAAACAGCCCGAUUGGAAUGAGUUUUACAAAAAUGGUGUCCCGAAAGAAAUCAUCGUAAUUGAUGAUGACAGCCCAGAACCUGACCAGGCGGGCAACGCCCCUGGCCAACAGCAGCAGGCUGAUGCCUACGGCUCCAAUGGGCGUAAACGAAAAGUCGAUCAGGGCUAUGAGAUUGAAUACACCGAUAGCCCGACAUAUUCAACGCAUCCUGCGAAAUUUGGCGGCUCAUCAUCUUCAGCUGCCUCUUAUCAUUCUGGAGGUCGAACCACGUCUCUACAGACGGUCACAGCACCCACCUCACUCGAAUCGUACGGGAGCAAUCCUGCUAGCGCAAGUUAUGAAGAUGUGAGGACCGGCCAGAAGAGAAAACGAGCACAACCGCAGAAGGAAACAAGAGCACAGGCCAAAAAACGACAGCAAGAGACGACAGAUGCAUUCGCAGACUACAUCCCCCCUCCCAAGCCUGCUAAAAAGGCUCCGGAUGUCCAUGUCCCUGUCAUCCGCGAUACUGUGCACAAACACCAAAAGGUGGACGACGAUGACGGGCACUACAUUGUGACCUCCAACACGCCUUUGACUGAUCGAUAUGAUAUCAUCAAGCUGCUGGGCCAAGGUACUUUCGGAAAGGUUGUUGAAGCAUUCGACAAGAAGAAGAAGACAAAAUGUGCAGUCAAGAUCAUUAGAUCGGUUCAGAAGUAUCGUGAUGCUUCUCGGAUUGAGCUGCGAGUACUCUCUACGCUGGCUCUAAACGACAAACCCAACAGGAACAAAUGCAUACAUCUGCGAGACUCGUUCGACUUUCGAAAUCACAUCUGUAUCGUCACCGACCUCUUGGGACAGAGUGUUUUCGACUUCCUAAAGGGAAAUGGCUUCGUUCCCUUUCCCAGUUCUCAAAUCCAAAGCUUUGCUCGUCAGCUCUUUACAAGCGUGGCGUUCUUACAUGAUCUGAACCUGAUCCACACCGAUUUAAAGCCUGAAAAUAUUCUCCUUGUCCAUAAUGCGUACCAGACGUUCACCUACAACCGGACGAUACCGUCGUCAUCCCACACAAUUUCUAGGACAGCCCGACAACGGAGAGUGCUUCUUGACAGCGAGAUCCGACUGAUAGAUUUCGGCUCUGCCACUUUUGAUGACGAGUAUCAUUCAUCAGUGGUGUCAACGCGGCAUUAUCGAGCGCCAGAAAUUAUCCUACAGCUUGGCUGGAGCUUCCCUUGUGACAUUUGGAGUAUAGGGUGCAUCAUUGUCGAAUUCUUUACCGGAGAUGCCCUGUUCCAGACACACGAUAAUCUCGAGCAUCUGGCCAUGAUGGAGGUGGUCUGCAACGGAAAGAUCGACCCCAAAAUCGUGAAACAAGUUUGCUCUGGUGGGCGUGGAGCCAAUGCCAAUUCAGCUUCCAAAUUCUUCACCCGAGGAAAGUUGGAAUAUCCCAACCAGGAGACUUCUAGGGCAUCCCGGAAAUAUGUUAAAGCCAUGAAACACCUCCAUGAAUUUAUCCCAGGAAAUACUGCCUUCAAUAAGCAGUUACUGGAUCUACUUAGAAAGAUAUUUGUCUAUGACCCCAAACAGAGAAUCACUGCAAAGGAGGCUCUGAAGCAUCCUUGGUUCAAAGAGACGCUGAUUGAUGACGGCACAGAGGCCAUUCGAAUACGCGAGGAACGUGCGGCUUUGGGGCCCGAUGCGAAACGGCCCCGCGUGUAA